AUGGCAAAACGAGAUCAUUUUGAUGUGCUGAUUGUUUGUCCUCAGGAGUCAGAGCUGCAGGCUGCACGUCACGUGUUUGAACACGAAACAAAGAGCAAGUUUGAAGGAGCUCACACUGAUCUCCCUUACAACCUUCGUUUAUGUCGUGGAUGGAAUGAUUUGCCUUUGAAUGUUGCCAUGGUAGCUCAGGUGGAGUGUGGUGGUAUUGAGUGUAUGAAGCUUGUUGCUGACUUGGCAAAACAUUUUUCUGUUGGUUUGAUUGCAAUGACGGGCAUUUGUGCUGGAGAAGAAGACAGAAAGAGAGGAAUAGAAUAUGGGACAGUUGUGGUGGCAAAGAGAACAACAACAGAAUGUGGAGGGUUAGAGAAGGAAGAUGGAACAGUUCAAUCUCGUGCACGUUACAUAGAAGUGAGCAAAAUGCUUGCUCCAGCACUGAAUGAAGUUGUUGAGACAAGAGAAAAUGACAAGUGGUCAUCGUAUGUUCCUGCUAAAUUGCAUCGUGCCAGUCCACGAUAUGUAAAGGAGCUGCUGCUUCAGUGUGUUUUAGACAAUGAAGAAAUCAAGGAGAAGAAGGAUUGUGCAGGCAUUAAGAAAAAGAAGCUUUCUGUAGGCAUCAAAAAGAAAAUGCUUCUUGCAAUUAUGGAAAGUAAACUUUUAGGUCUUACUAAACAUGACGUCAUCGAGGUUUUAGAGAAAAUGGAGAAAGAGCAUGAGCCAUUAGUGUAUGCAGAAGGGAAGCUACAGGAAUACAAGUCAACUGAAGCAGGAGAGUUGUAUGCCAAUAAGCAAGUGGAAUUUCUACAAGAAAACAGAAGUUUUACAGUUGUAUCUGGAUCAAUAGGAUCAGUUUGGAUGGACACUGAAAGACUUGACAGAGAAAUGACAGAACUGAAACAACGAAUGGGAGAUCACGACAUCAAAGCUAUUGAUAAAGAAGCUCAUUUCUUGAUGGAACAAGCGACAGACAGUUUCAGUCCUGGAUUAGCUGUUGUGAUGAAGGGAAUCUCUGACUACGGAACUGAGAGCAGCAAACUGAUGUAUUAUAAAGCUUAUGCUGCUGCGACUCCAGCUGCAUUUCUGAGGCAUUUCAUCACUGAAAAGAAGUCUGUGAUCAGUUCUGGGUCAUUGAAAGCUCAGCUGUUUGAUUUGUGUGACAUUGUGGGUGAGAAGUGGCGUGAUUUGGCUGAUCGUCUCAACAUGAGCAGAUAUGAUGUUGAGAUGAUAGAACUGGAGGUUCAUACAAAGAAGGAACGAGCAUUUAUGAUGCUAUGCAAAUGGCAGUCGAUGGUAGGAGAGAAUGCAACUGUAGAGAAGGUAAAAGCUGAACUAAAAGAGAUUGAAGAGCAGAAGAAGGAAGAAGCCAUUGCAAGUAUAGUGUUUCCCAAUGAGCUAAUGGAAGAAAAGCAAUUUUGUGGUCGCCAUAAAGAGUUGACAGUUUUGUCCAACACAAUGUGGGGAGAAAAGGCUCCACAAGUGUCUACGUCAUUGAAAUUCUGCUGUGUGGUGAUCAAAGGAAUGGGCGGAGUGGGGAAAUCAUCUUUGGCAGCCAAAUAUGCAUUUGAAUGUAAACAUCUGUAUAGUGAUGGAGUGCUGUAUUUCAAUGCAGAAUCAUGGGCAACGCUGACAAACUCAGUCGUACACAAUCUCACAGUUUUGUCUGUAAGUUCUCCUUCUGUUUCACGUUCUCAAAGUCGAUUUGAUGAGCUAAAGAGCAAUCCAUUAGAAGACAAGAAUGCAGUGCUGCUCAACCACAUUUCCAAGCUUCCUAAGAUGUUGCUGGUGUAUGAUGGUGCAGAUGAUCUCUCUUUUCUGCCUAAAAUUCUUCCUCGUUCAACUGCUCGUGUCCAUGUAUUGAUCACAAGUCGAUGUGAUGAUUGUUCUGUGUUACAGAAAUCACUAAAUCAUGUCAUCUCUCUUGGUUGUUUGGAAGCGGAAGAUGCCGUGGCAGCUGUAGCCAUGUGGUCUGGUCGUCAACCGUCCAACAGUCAAGAAACAGCAGCAGUCACCAAAUUGUCAGUUGAAGCUCCCAUAGAAAAGCUACCAAUUGCUCUUGCUCAUGCAGGCACGUAUAUGCGAAAGGCACAUCUAAGUUAUGAGGAAUAUUACAAACGGUUGAAAAGAAAUGAAAGCAAGUCGUCUACGUGA